AUGCUUAUUACUGAAAAUACUGAAAUUAUUGUACAUCCCCGAAUUAAUGAAAUGAUAUUUAAUAAAUCAAGUUUAAAUGAUUUUUAUAAAAAGGCCCCCAAUUUACAACAAUGUACAACCUCUUCAGAAGAAGGCUCACAAAUCGACUUUUCUUCCCCUUCAAUUUCACGUACAAAUAGUGCCCAAUCAAUUCCCGUCCCUAUAAAAUCAGUCACAGAUUCUGAAGAAUUAUCUCCCUACGAAAAAACAAUAAAAAUGUUGGCAAAUGAUUUGCAAUGCCAAAAGGAAUUGGCUUUGGGUAAAAGAGUUGGAUUUUAUCGUUUGGGAAAGGAAUUGGGUGCUGGCAAUUUUUCUAAAGUUAAAUUGGGUGUUCAUGUACUUACUAAAGAAAAAGUAGCUGUAAAAACAAUGGAAAAAGGAAAAAUGGAUCAAAAAGCUCAACGAGUUUUAAACAGAGAAAUUGAUAAUAUGGAGUUAUUACACCAUCCAAAUAUUAUUAGAUUAUUUGAAGUUGUGGCUACAUUAUCUAAAGUCCAUUUAGUUAUGGAAUAUGCGGGGGGUGGGGAAUUAUAUACUUAUGUACAUGAUAAUGGAAAAUUGACUGAAGAAGUUGCUAAACCUAUUUUUGCCCAAAUAGUCUCAGCAGUUGCCCACCUUCAUUCAAAAAAUAUUUGUCAUAGAGAUAUUAAAGCAGAAAAUGUUUUUCUUUCACAUCCUGGAUGGAUAAAACUUGGAGAUUUUGGGUUUAGUUGUAAAUUCGAAGACGAUUCUUUUUUAAAUACUUUUUGUGGUUCUCCCCCAUAUGCUGCACCUGAAUUAUUUCGAGAUCAAAAAUAUAUUGGCCCAAUGGUUGAUAUUUGGGCGAUGGGAAUACUUCUUUAUUUUAUGCUUGUUGGUGUUACCCCUUUUCGUGGAGAAACUGUUUCUGAUUUAAAAAGAAAUAUUUUGGAAGGGGUUUAUUAUAUGCCUGAUUAUGUUUCAACAUUUGCACAACAUUCAAUUACUAGAAUGCUUGAAUUGGACGCUAAAAGAAGGGCUAAUAUUUUGGAACUUAAGGUAUUUAAAAAUAUUUUGGAAGUGACUGAAAGUUGA